AUGCAAGCAAGAGAGGGAGGACAGACUGUCUCAAACGCCAAGGAGGAGGCAAGCAGGAGGAGGCAAGCAGGAGGAGGCAAGCAGGAGGAGGCAAGCAGGAGGAGGCAAGCAGGAGGAGGCAAGCAGGAGGAGGCAAGCAGGAGGAGGCAAGCAGGAGGAGGCAAGCAGGAGGAGGCAAGCAGGAGGAGGCAAGCAGGAGGAGGCAAGCAGGAGGAGGCAAGCAGGAGGAGGCAAGCAGGAGGAGGCAAGCAGGAGGAGGCAAGCAGGAGGAGGCAAGCAGGAGGAGGCAAGCAGGAGGAGGCAAGCAGGAGGAGGCAAGCAGGAGGAGGCAAGCAGGAGGAGGCAAGCAGGAGGAGGCAAGCAGGAGGAGGCAAGCAGGAGGAGGCAAGCAGGAGGAGGCAAGCAGGAGGAGGCAAGCAGGAGGAGGCAAGCAGGAGGAGGCAAGCAGGAGGAGGCAAGCAGGAGGAGGCAAGCAGGAGGAGGCAAGCAGGAGGAGGCAAGCAGGAGGAGGCAAGCAGGAGGAGGCAAGCAGGAGGAGGCAAGCAGGAGGAGGCAAGCAGGAGGAGGCAAGCAGGAGGAGGCAAGCAGGAGGAGGCAAGCAGGAGGAGGCAAGCAGGAGGAGGCAAGCAGGAGGAGGCAAGCAGGAGGAGGCAAGCAGGAGGAGGCAAGCAGGAGGAGGCAAGCAGGAGGAGGCAAGCAGGAGGAGGCAAGCAGGAGGAGGCAAGCAGGAGGAGGCAAGCAGGAGGAGGCAAGCAGGAGGAGGCAAGCAGGAGGAGGCAAGCAGGAGGAGGCAAGCAGGAGGAGGCAAGCAGGAGGAGGCAAGCAGGAGGAGGCAAGCAGGAGGAGGCAAGCAGGAGGAGGCAAGCAGGAGGAGGCAAGCAGGAGGAGGCAAGCAGGAGGAGGCAAGCAGGAGGAGGCAAGCAGGAGGAGGCAAGCAGGAGGAGGCAAGCAGGAGGAGGCAAGCAGGAGGAGGCAAGCAGGAGGAGGCAAGCAGGAGGAGGCAAGCAGGAGGAGGCAAGCAGGAGGAGGCAAGCAGGAGGAGGCAAGCAGGAGGAGGCAAGCAGGAGGAGGCAAGCAGGAGGAGGCAAGCAGGAGGAGGCAAGCAGGAGGAGGCAAGCAGGAGGAGGCAAGCAGGAGGAGGCAAGCAGGAGGAGGCAAGCAGGAGGAGGCAAGCAGGAGGAGGCAAGCAGGAGGAGGCAAGCAGGAGGAGGCAAGCAGGAGGAGGCAAGCAGGAGGAGGCAAGCAGGAGGAGGCAAGCAGGAGGAGGCAAGCAGGAGGAGGCAAGCAGGAGGAGGCAAGCAGGAGGAGGCAAGCAGGAGGAGGCAAGCAGGAGGAGGCAAGCAGGAGGAGGCAAGCAGGAGGAGGCAAGCAGGAGGAGGCAAGCAGGAGGAGGCAAGCAGGAGGAGGCAAGCAGGAGGAGGCAAGCAGGAGGAGGCAAGCAGGAGGAGGCAAGCAGGAGGAGGCAAGCAGGAGGAGGCAAGCAGGAGGAGGCAAGCAGGAGGAGGCAAGCAGGAGGAGGCAAGCAGGAGGAGGCAAGCAGGAGGAGGCAAGCAGAAGGAGGCAAGCAGAAGGAGGCAAGCAGAAGGAGGCAAGCAGAAGGAGGCAAGCAGAAGGAGGCAAGCAGAAGGAGGCAAGCAGAAGGAGGCAAGCAGAAGGAGGCAAGCAGAAGGAGGCAAGCAGAAGGAGGCAAGCAGAAGGAGGCAAGCAGAAGGAGGCAAGCAGAAGGAGGCAAGCAGAAGGAGGCAAGCAGAAGGAGGCAAGCAGAAGGAGGCAAGCAGAAGGAGGCAAGCAGAAGGAGGCAAGCAGAAGGAGGCAAGCAGAAGGAGGCAAGCAGAAGGAGGCAAGCAGAAGGAGGCAAGCAGAAGGAGGCAAGCAGAAGGAGGCAAGCAGAAGGAGGCAAGCAGAAGGAGGCAAGCAGAAGGAGGCAAGCAGAAGGAGGCAAGCAGAAGGAGGCAAGCAGAAGGAGGCAAGCAGAAGGAGGCAAGCAGAAGGAGGCAAGCAGAAGGAGGCAAGCAGAAGGAGGCAAGCAGAAGGAGGCAAGCAGAAGGAGGCAAGCAGAAGGAGGCAAGCAGAAGGAGGCAAGCAGAAGGAGGCAAGCAGAAGGAGGCAAGCAGAAGGAGGCAAGCAGAAGGAGGCAAGCAGAAGGAGAGUGAGGAAAAGAGAAAAGAGAAGAAAGACAAGAGUGAGGAAAAGAGAAAAGAGAAGAAAGACAAGAGUGAGGAAAAGAGAAAAGAGAAGAAAGACAAGAGUGAGGAAAAGAGAAAAGAGAAGAAAGACAAGAGUGAGGAAAAGAGAAAAGAGAAGAAAGACAAGAGUGAGGAAAAGAGAAAAGAGAAGAAAGACAAGAGUGAGGAAAAGAGAAAAGAGAAGAAAGACAAGAGUGAGGAAAAGAGAAAAGAGAAGAAAGACAAGAGUGAGGAAAAGAGAAAAGAGAAGAAAGACAAGAGUGAGGAAAAGAGAAAAGAGAAGAAAGACAAGAGUGAGGAAAAGAGAAAAGAGAAGAAAGACAAGAGUGAGGAAAAGAGAAAAGAGAAGAAAGACAAGAGUGAGGAAAAGAGAAAAGAGAAGAAAGACAAGAGUGAGGAAAAGAGAAAAGAGAAGAAAGACAAGAGUGAGGAAAAGAGAAAAGAGAAGAAAGACAAGAGUGAGGAAAAGAGAAAAGAGAAGAAAGACAAGAGUGAGGAAAAGAGAAAAGAGAAGAAAGACAAGAGUGAGGAAAAGAGAAAAGAGAAGAAAGACAAGAGUGAGGAAAAGAGAAAAGAGAAGAAAGACAAGAGUGAGGAAAAGAGAAAAGAGAAGAAAGACAAGAGUGAGGAAAAGAGAAAAGAGAAGAAAGACAAGAGUGAGGAAAAGAGAAAAGAGAAGAAAGACAAGAGUGAGGAAAAGAGAAAAGAGAAGAAAGACAAGAGUGAGGAAAAGAGAAAAGAGAAGAAAGACAAGAGUGAGGAAAAGAGAAAAGAGAAGAAAGACAAGAGUGAGGAAAAGAGAAAAGAGAAGAAAGACAAGAGUGAGGAAAAGAGAAAAGAGAAGAAAGACAAGAGUGAGGAAAAGAGAAAAGAGAAGAAAGACAAGAGUGAGGAAAAGAGAAAAGAGAAGAAAGACAAGAGUGAGGAAAAGAGAAAAGAGAAGAAAGACAAGAGUGAGGAAAAGAGAAAAGAGAAGAAAGACAAGAGUGAGGAAAAGAGAAAAGAGAAGAAAGACAAGAGUGAGGAAAAGAGAAAAGAGAAGAAAGACAAGAGUGAGGAAAAGAGAAAAGAGAAGAAAGACAAGAGUGAGGAAAAGAGAAAAGAGAAGAAAGACAAGAGUGAGGAAAAGAGAAAAGAGAAGAAAGACAAGAGUGAGGAAAAGAGAAAAGAGAAGAAAGACAAGAGUGAGGAAAAGAGAAAAGAGAAGAAAGACAAGAGUGAGGAAAAGAGAAAAGAGAAGAAAGACAAGAGUGAGGAAAAGAGAAAAGAGAAGAAAGACAAGAGUGAGGAAAAGAGAAAAGAGAAGAAAGACAAGAGUGAGGAAAAGAGAAAAGAGAAGAAAGACAAGAGUGAGGAAAAGAGAAGAAAGACAAGAGUGAGGAAAAGAGAAGAAAGACAAGAGUGA